AUGUCUUCCAUUAAAUUCGACAAUACCGGAAAUGGCCAGUUGCAUGUCCCCGGCUUCCAUGAUAUCCCAGUGGAUUAUGAAUUACCCGUUGGUCAACGCUUUGCGCACGGAGCUCUGCCAGAUUGGUCUGAAAGCCGAGGUCGAGCAAUCCGGCUAACCCAACCUGAGGUUUUAAUGCUACGCAUCAUGGAGAUGCUGACAGAGCGGCAGAAUUGGGAGGUUGACGUGUUUGAUGAAGGUAUUGUCCAGCAAUGGUAUAGGGAGAUUCUCGUUCAGUUUCAAGCCCGAUCGGGACCGGACGAAUGGGGAGAUAUGAGCAUCGACUUGGACCUCAUUACCUCAAAGACAUGGGACUGGUGCAUUGCGGAGCUACGCGAUAAGGCUGUCAGCUUCCGUGAAAAGGAUUAUAUCAUUACAUUGAAUGCUGAUUCGGGGGUGUGCAAGUCGGCCGUGCUUGUCAACGAGGACUUGCAAAAGGAAUUACAAGCAGCAUUCCAGCCACUCCUGCAGGAAACACCUGGUUACCAUGACCUGGUGGACCCCGACUUAUACAUGCUGGUCUAUGGUCGCACUGCCGUUCUCAGUCAAGGAGGCCAAGUCACCAUGACUGCUGCCGGCAUAUCGUAUCCUACCACCAGCUCCGACGUCCACGUUGCGCCUUCGCUUCAGCACCCUAUAGAUACAUGGACGACACAACAUGGACGCCCGCCAAGAGACGACUCAAUCGGGCCCUUUUAUCGCUGGUCCCACCGAUGCCAGUGGCUACCAUGUGAAGUGGAUUUCGUUAGCCCGGAGGGGACUAACGUGCGAAUCACUUCAUACAUCAACAAUCUUCAUCCACGUAACGGCAAAGCCUAUGCGGCGAUUGAGAAGCUGAUUUCCGCCUGCAUUGAGCCAUGGAACGACAUUUUGAUCAGGGAUCCUGUUAGCCGUUAUCCCCCCCGCAUCAGAACAUAUGGGUUCGUGACGACGGGGCUCAAUGAACCAUACAAUCAACUCGGAUCGGAAGUUCUCGGGUGGCGUCAGUGCAAACACUGGCCCAGGCCAACCUGGGCCAUGGACUGCGAGAAGAUCAAACAGUAUCUUGCAAUUCCCGAGCCGGACCUAAAAUUUCGAAUCAUUGACGACGAUCCAUCUGAACCGGUUUAUCCUAAGGAUUUGCUGGGCUUCAUGACUCCAGAGAUGUGGAAGUCUGUCGAACAAGUGCAGGAGGUUGUAUCAGAGAAACGAUUUCGACUUCACAGUUUCCAGUAUCCGGAACCUGGCGUCUCAUACUCCUACGAUGAGUGGAAACUAGGAAAAACCGCGCAGCCAAUUGUUGACCAUGACCACCAGUAUCAAUCAGUCUGUUUGCAGAACCAGUUUCGCAACCAGGGAUUACAAGUGAUCGUACGGGUCAGCAGCAUUGAGCUCACCGCGGAGCAAGCGAUCUUCUCUGGAGACGAUGACUAUCAUGUUGACGGGCUCCUGAAUGAGCAUGUGGUUGCCACCGCGCGAUACUACUACGACGUCGAAAACAUCACCGAGGCGCGCAUCUCCUUUCAGCAAGAAGUCGACCUGGAUGCGUUCGAGAUCACACUGGAGCCCCACGCGAUGCAGAAGAUUUUUGGUUUGCCUCGAACGGAUGAAGAUCCAGCGACUUUCGGUGAUGCCCCUCCGAAACUACAGACUCUGGGAUCAGUAACCGCCACCCAUCAGGGAUGCUUCUUAGCCUGGCCCAAUACCCUCAGAUACAGGACCCUGCCCUUCUCGCUUCAAGACCCUCAUCUCUCGGGUCAUCAGCGCUUUGUCACUAUCUGGCUGGUCGACCCGCACUACCGCAUUUGCUCGUCCCGUAAUGUGCCGCCACAACAGCAUGCCUGGUGGAGAGAGGAUACAAUGUUCGAUCAAUUGGGAUCCCAAUUUGGAUUGCCACAAGAGCUACGAGAUCUCAUCAUGCGCGCGACAGGAGAUUGGCCGAUGGGAUUGGAUGAGGCGGUGGGGUUCAAGGAGCAGUCAGUCGUAGAGCGUGAACGUGCCAUCUGUGCCCAAUCCCAAGAGGUGCGUACUCAUGAUUUCUGGCUUCCUAUUCAGCUCGGGGAGCAAGGAUGA